AUGCGCUACUGCCUCGAGCGGGGCGCGUUGGAUGUGGGAGUGGUCGACGUGGUGGGCUCAACAAUUUCGCGCAAGACGCAUUGCGGGCUCCACAUCAACGCCGGCCCGGAGAUUGGAGUGGCGUCGACCAAGGCCUACACCUCCCAGCAUUCCGAAGGUAUCUUGCCCGGAGAAUUGAAGCAUGGCCCAUUGGCUCUGAUUGACGAGAACAUGCCGGUGCUCCUGAUCAUGACCAAGGACUCUCUCUACCCGAAGGUCCCAUUGGCACUCCAACAACUCACCACCCGCAAAGGCUCGCCGAUUGUGAUCGCCAACAAGGGCGACACCGGCUUGAUUGCCGCCGACUCCACCCGGAUCUUGCGAGUUCCCCAAACAGUGGACUACUUACAGGGCCUCUUAGACUUGACCAUCAUUCCAAUGCAGUUGCUCAGCUACCGCAUCACUAUCUUGAGAGGUGUCGACGUCGACUUCCCCCAAAACUUGGUCAAGAGUAUUACUGUCAAAUAG